AUGAGGCUUGAUACAAAAGCUAUGCGGUAUCUGACGGGCGAGGACUGGAGAACACUUACAGCUGUCGAAACGGGCUCGAGAAAUCAUGAGGUGGUCCCUACACCAUUAAUCGGACAAAUAUCUGGGCUGCGAGGAGGGGUACACAAGAGCAUAUCAGCACUGGCAAAAAUUGGACUGAUCGCGCGACUGAAAAAUGCCAAAUACGAUGGCUAUCGACUGACUUAUGGAGGACUGGACUAUCUGGCCUUGAACACAUACCGAAAGCGCAAAGAUGUCUACAGCGUUGGAAACCAGAUUGGAGUUGGCAAAGAAAGCGAUAUCUUCGUGGUAGCAGACGAGCAAGGUGUGCAGAGGGUACUGAAGAUCCACAGACUUGGCCGAAUAUCUUUCCGAACAGUCAAAGCAAAUCGAGACUACCUCCGAAAUCGAUCGUCCGGUUCUUGGAUGUACAUGUCCCGACUCGCAGCACUGAAAGAAUAUACCUUCAUGACUGCUCUCCGAGAAAAUGGAUUCGCAGUCCCAGAACCAUUGGCCCAGUCCAGACACACGAUUGUUAUGUCCCUCAUCGAUGCCUUUCCCAUGCGUCAGAUCUCUUCCGUCCCAGAUCCAGCUUCUCUUUACGCCGAACUUAUUUCCAUGAUCCUCCGCCUUGCACAAUACGGCCUCAUACACGGAGACUUCAACGAAUUCAACAUCUUGAUCAAGGAGGAGGUGAAGAAAGAACUCCAAGAAAACAAGGAGACGGAGUCAAUAAUUCUAACACCAAUUCUCAUCGAUUUCCCCCAAAUGGUCUCUGUAGACCACGCCAACGCAGAGUACUAUUUCGACCGGGACGUCAACUGCAUCAAGAGAUUCUUUGAACGGCGGUUCCACUUUACCAGUGAUGAGAAAGGUCCCCAUUUCGCAGAUGCCCGGAAGUUAAUUGGCAAAGAUGGUGUCACAAGAUUGGAUGUAUCUGUUGAAGCAUCUGGUUUCUCGAGAAAGAUGGCAAAGGAACUCGAGGCUUACAUGAAAGCGGUUGGAGUAGACGGGGAUGGUGAUCCGGAAGCUGCAAGGGGGGACGAAGAAUCUGGGGACGAGGAUGAAGACGAGGAAGAGGAAGAAGGCGAGGAGGACGGGGAGCCGGAAAACGAAACCGGGAGACAAGUGGAGACUAUGGAAGGCGAUGCAUCUGAUCCAUUUCAGGCUAAGGGUAAGGACAUUUCGCUGGAAAAACUCCAGAUCGGUGAUCAAACAUGAUUGCAAUCAAGAGAUUACUUGAACUCUUUGCCCAGUCUGCCUAAUGAACAGUGCCCAGAUAAUUGCAGAUCCGUCUGCAAAGGAGCUGAGGCAGCUCUUUGAAGCCCCUUUGGAUGAUUUGGUUCGUCGCAACCACAAGAGUCAAAGAUGCAACUACAAGGGCCCAGUUACCUCAUGGGACCUGGGGAGGUUGUGGAGAACUUGAGGCGACAAGGAUGUUACCCCAAACACAAUUUGAGCGAAUUCCUCUGUAAGAAUACAGCAGAGUAGCAUAGCAAUUCAAUGAAGGAUGUGACACUGGAUCACAAUUCGGUCAAACCGCUUUGUCAGCAUACCUUUCUGGAGCUGCAAGGCAAAUGUUGUG